AUGGCGGCUUCCGUCUUCACUGGUGCGAUGAGAGCCCCUUCGGGAAUAUUACGGCCCCUAAAUGUUUUGGCAUCUUCAACGUAUUGGAACUGUGCCAAGAAUGCCUGUCUUAAGUCUGCACUGUGCACCAUUCAUUUUAGACAUAUUCAGACACCAGUUGUCUCCUCUGCUCCAAGACUUGUCACAUCUGUCAGAAACCUGACACAUGGGCUGACUGCAGCAAUCCUUAAUAGAGUGGCCGCACUGGUCCCCAGUGUCCUGAAGCCGCCGGUCAGAACUCUAACAUACUGCAGCACACGGAAGGGCAGGAGGAAGACAGUAAAAUCGGUCCUGCAUCGGUUCCUGCGACUUCAUUCUGGCCUUUGGCUGAGGAGAAAGGCGGGCUAUAAGAAAAAAUUAUGGAAAAAGUCAACGACAAGAAAGAAGCGCUUGAGGGAAUUUGUGUUCUGCAACAAGACCCAGAGUAAACUCCUAGAUAAAGUGACUACGUCUUUCUGGAAGAGGCGCAACUGGUACGCCAGUGAUCCUUACCAGAUGUACCACGAUCGAACGAACCUGCGAGUUUAGU